AUGGCUAUCCUCUCUUCACUCUUCGGAGGCAACAUUCUGGCUCUCCUAGGCUCGACAUUUGCCCUUUGCUUCCUCGGCAACACGAUCUACCAAUUGUAUAUAUCGCCCCUUCGACACGUUCCUGGUCCCUGGUAUGCCGCUGUGUCUAAUGCAUGGCUCCUUUCGCACGUCUUUCGCGUCAGGCAGAGUCGCGCAGUCCAGUCUCUCUUCGAGCUGUACGGCCCCAUUGUCCGGAUCGCGCCCAACAGAGUUGCCUAUUGUGACGCAGCUUCGAACAAGUAUAUCUACAGCAACACCAAGUUCCCAAAGGGCGGUUUUUAUAAAGGUUUCAUGGCGAACGACACCGAUCAGGCGAUGACACUACUCGAACAUGGUCCACAUGCUACUCGCAGGAAAGCAAUCGCUUCUCAUUAUACUCCUACAAACGUCAGUCUCUUUCAACCAGAGAUGAAAGACCGCAUUCUCGAGACAGUCGAGAUUCUUGAAAAGCUCGCCGGCAGUGAAGCCAUUGAUGUCUUGCAUCUCUUCCGUGAUAUGAUGGUCGACAUCAUCUGCACCACAUCCUUCAACUAUGAUAUCGGCGCGCUCAAGGACCGCGCCCAGGGAAAGGACGUCAACUAUCUAGUCCGAGCAGUCGAUGACUGGCCGACGCGCGCGAUACUUCGCGGGCUCUUUCCUGCAGUCGUAUGGAGGGUGCUCUAUUACCUACUCGGCGACCGCUGGAAAGCUUUGGUAGAUUCAGAUAAGAUCCUGGCUACCUUCGUCAUUGAACGUGUCCAAGAGAAGUACGCGCAGAUGAAGAAGGGAGAGCUUGACGAGGCCGAGAAGAAGCCCUUCGUCCAGCGUCUUCUUGACUAUCGCCUACCCUCCGGUGAUCACUUGACGAAGGAGAGUAUCGUCGCAGAACAUACAGGUCACUUCGUCGCCGGGGUUGACACAACAUCUACCCUGGCUUCUUACACCUGCUGGGAGCUCAGUCGUCGCCCAGAUGUCGCCAGGAAGCUGCACGCGGAACUUGACCUCGCGAUGCCGGACCAUAAGACGAUCCCAGACAUUUCUGUUCUCGAGGGCCUUCCCUAUCUGAACAGCGUUGUGAAGGAGGGACUCCGCAUAUACUGCCCUGGACCAGCUAUGCUCGAUCGCAUAGUUCCUUCGACGGAUGUCACAUCCGGUCCUUUCGAGCUCCUGGGUUGCGUGAUCCCGCCGGGCACGACCGUCGCCACCCAGGCCUGGUCCGUGCAUCGUAACGCAGCAGUGUUUCCUUCACCAGAGACAUACCUCCCCGAUCGCUGGAUGGACGCGGACGACGUACAACUAGCGGAAAUGAAUGCGCACAUGAUGCCGUUUGGAUACGGGUUCCGUAUCUGCGUCGGCCAGCACUUUGCAAUGCAGACAGCCCGCAUCGCCAUUGCGACCUUUGCGCGCAACUUCGAUGUCACAGCGCCUCUGACCGAGACGAACGACCGCACAAUGGAGCCCCAUGACGCCUUUGUGCUGUUACCCGCGGCGGGGCGCUGCAAGCUCACAUUCCACUCGCGUGUCCGCUAG